CGGAAAUGCAGAGUUGUGAUAAAACUAUAAUAAGGCAGUUACCUUCUUUUAAAGUUCAUAGAGGACAACUCUCGUACUUAAAGAUGGCCUACUCAGCUCCUCAAGAGAUCUUUGACCCCGAAGCUUGGCUGGCUGAAUUCAAUAAGCCUCGUCUCCAUCGCGAUCAGCGCAUCAAAAUAAUCGAACAAACUUUAAAAGUUUGCUCUGAAUUCAAGUACACAUUACCUAAUGGAGAACAGGUUGUAUUUGGAGACUUUGAAAGCGUUUCGAGAGAUGCCCAGAAGACAAGGCUUUAUAUUGAUGCAGUGGAACACCUCAAAAGAUUAUCUAAUGGUACAAAUUUUACAACAACUGUCGAGGUUGUUAACUGUGACUGUCUAGAGGAGGCUUUAAGGCUUAAAACAGAAGGAUUUAACCCUGCAGUGCUCAAUAUGGCUUCUCCAAGAAGACCAGGUGGAGGAUAUUUGUCAGGAGCAGGAGCUCAAGAAGAAAAUCUCUUCAGGCGGACAAACUAUGUUCAACAUCUGGCAGAUCCAGACAAACGUUUUGAUCCCACAAGAAAAUGGAACUACAGAUUACCUGAAUUUAGCUGUGUUUAUUCGACAAAUGUACAGGUUUUUCGUGCUUCUGAGGCUAAAGGCUAUGCAUUUCUUCCUGAACCAGUUGGAAUGUCUUUCUUGGCAAUUGCAGCAUACCCUAGCCCUAAAUGUCAAGGACCCAAAGGCAGUGAAAGGCUUGUUUCUGAAGUUGUAGAAAAAGUAAAAAAGAAAAUAAGACUUAUGUUUGCAGUUGGACUUGACCAGGGCCAUGACAGCUUAGUGUUGUCUGCUUGGGGAUGUGGAGCCUUUAGAAAUCCACCUCGUCACAUUGCAAGCAUAUUUAAAGAGGUUUUGAAGGAACCUCAAUUUAGAAACCAAUACAAACAUAUUUCCUUUGCAAUAAUCAAUGAUCACAAUGCUAGGGGUGAAGGUAACUAUAAGCCUUUUUUCGAUACUUUUAAUAACACAUAAAAUUGGUGAUGGAACUACAGUGCAUGUAUAUGAAGCUCAUUCAGCAGUUUUUUGCAUGAGGAUUAAACAAAAGAAUUACAUAUAAUGAUAAUGAUACUUUUAAUACAUAAAAUCAGUGAUGAAACUAUUAUUUAAGCUGAUUCAGCAGUUUGUUUGUCUGAGGAUAAAACAAAAGAAUUACAUAAAAUGACAGUGAUGCUUUUAAAACAUAAAAUAUCUGAUAGAACUAUUAUUCAAGCAGAUUGAUUCAGCAGUGUGUUUGCAUGAGGAUUAAACAAAAGAAUUACAUUAACAUAGCAAUAACUUUGCAAAAUGUCAAUCACAAUAAUAAAUAAGGCAUUGCCUGUGUAUGAAGGUCUGCCAGCUCUAUUUGCUAUUUUUUGUCCAAGAAAUGAUGGAUGCCAGUAAAAGAUACCGUAGGUAGGGUGUUAGGAGAGGAAGAGAAAAAGGAAAGAGCUUGUGCUAUCUCCUCUUAAUGUACUCUUGAUAGUCUUUAUUCCAUCAAUCCUCAAUAAUUCCAAAUGCCACAGGAAGCCCAAAGAAAUAGUAUAAAUAGCUAUAAAUGUCAGCGUUUGCUAAAAGGCACUGUGGAUAACUGUGGAUGGCAAAAGUGCGGGCUCUUGGUAUGAAGGCUCAGCUUCGUUACCAGGGCUUCUCUGCUCGCUUUUUUAAAAGGCCCUGAGAACGAUGUAGGAGAUUUGCCGCUCUUCAAGCAAAUUUGAUCCUUUCAAGCAUGAAUGACAGGCAGCCAGUUGAAAUGGAAUGAAAUGCUAAAUUAAUUAAGCCAUGACACUUUAAUAUUUUACCAUAGACUGAGUGCAAUCGCUAAUUUGAACUGGCUGCAGGCAAUACAAACGAAAAACAGGACGAACAAAUGAAUAGGCGAUUGUAAUUAAAUUAAGCACACUAUAAGAUGGAAUAAAUAUAUAUACUAGUC